AUGUCGAAGCUGUCGUUCCGGGCGCGGGCCCUCGAUCCGUCGAAACCGAUGCCGAUCUAUCUGGCGGAGGAUCUGCCCGAUCUGCCCGAGUACUCGGCCAUCAACCGCGCCGUGCCGCAGAUGCCGAGCGGGAUGGAGAAGGAGGAGGAAUCGGAGCACCAUCUGCAACGAGCAAUAUGCACCGGGCUGAUCAUUCCCACGCCGGAGGUGUACGACUCGACGGACUCCGAGUUCUACGACAAGUACUAUCCCGCCGACUACAAACUGCCCAAGCAGCUCAUCCACAUGCAGCCCCUCAACCUCGAGCAGGACAUACCGGACUACGAUAUGGACAGCUCGGACGAGGUGUGGGUAACGUCGCACGGCAAAAAGCUCGACAUCGAACCGCUCAAGUUCGAGAUCAUGAUGGACCGGCUGGAGAAGAGCUCCGGCCAGACGGUGGUCACGCUGAACGAAGCCAAAGCCCUCCUGAAGCAGGACGACGAGGUCAGCAUCGCUGUGUACGAUUACUGGUUGAACAAGCGGCUCAAAACGCAACAUCCCCUCAUACUGUACGUGAAGACGGAAAACCGUGGCAACAUGACGCCAAACAAUCCGUACCUGGCCUUCCGGAGGCGCACGGAGAAGAUGCAGACGCGAAAGAACCGCAAGAACGACGAGUCGUCCUACGAGAAGAUGCUCAAGCUUAGGCGGGAACUGUCGCGGGCGGUGACGCUACUGGAAAUGAUCAAGCGGCGGGAGAAGCUGAAGCGCGAACAGUUGCACCUGAGCAUCGAAAUCUACGAGAAGCGCUACCAGGCGCAGGAUUUCCACGGCCAGCUGCUGUCCGAGUUAACGACCAGCGCCACGAGAGCAUCAAGACCUGCCUUCGCACCAAUCUACUCGAACCAAUUCCCGUCGCUGACGGGUGGUCAGGGUGUCAACGUUGGCGGCACGGCGACUAGUAGCGGUGGUGUGUAUAUUCCGAGCGGUGGAACCUCCUCCCAGUACAACGCCGGCGCCGGUAGUAGCCACAAGCGGGACAACGAAAGCCUGAGCAGUCGCAAGGAGAAACGGCAGUACAAGAAGCGGAAGCUAAAAAUCCAAAAAGACCGUAGUCUGGGCGGUUCCGGCGCGAGCGGCCACGGCGUCGGUACGGGCGGCCGAGGAGCAGAUGCGUUGGGUAGCGGUGCGAUGGGAAGCAGUGGAAGUGGAAGCAGCGGUAAUCACCAUCAUCAUCAUCACCACCAUCAUCAUCAUGGUUCGCAGCAUCAUCCACAUCAUCACCAUCCGCAUCUGCACCACCAUCAGUCGGUGGGUGCGGGCACGGUGGGUGGAUCGAGAGAUGGUUUGGUACCGGGCGGCCACGGUAGGUGCCAAUCGCGAGAUCAUCUGCUCGCGGGCGGCGAUCACGUCGGGUCCUCGGACGACGAAGAGCUAGCCAAUCUGGCCGGUGGCACCUCACCGGAGGAGUACGCUUAUGCAUUCCGGCGAAGUAAACACAGUCAAUACCACAGGCCUCGUGCCGAUGGUUACGGCAACUGGCCGUGGACGUCACGGGAAGAGAAUGGCAGUUCCGAUCCGCGGUUUCGCUUUACGUUGACCUCACUGCGGUAUCCCAGGCCACGCUGUAUAGGGUUCGCCCGGCGACGGCUCGGUCGCGGUGGGCGCGUCAUCAUCGAUCGUGUGGCAACCGAUUUGGACGAACUGUGGUCUCGGCUUGACUACACGAUCGUCGAGAGUGAAACGAUCGCUUCGCUUACCGCGCAACACACCGAGAUCGUCGCAGCGGAGCCAGAGGACGAGAGCGAAGUGGUCGGUGACCUGCGGCCAACGAUGAACCAGUCACAACGUACCGCUAGCGUCAGCAGUAACUGUAGCGUUGGUGAAGGUACACCGACGAGUGUGGUUGUGUCACUAAAACCUCCGCGCCAGCUGACGUUCGGGCUGACGCAACCACUUGUGAAUGGUGGCGACGCGUUGGAGCCCUAUGCACUGGGCAAAGAUCCAUCGGUCGACGAUCGAACGAAUGCGAUCGAUGGCGGUGUGCAGCGGGUGCGCCGGAGGUUGGUGCUCAAGCAAGAGUACCCCGAGGUCGCACCGCCGCAGGUCGCAUCCGACGGGUACGACGAGUCGGACGGCGGCGACGGCAGUGAGCAACAGUUCCUCGCCUCGAUUGGUCUGAUGAACAAGAUGAAGGAAGCGGCCCGCCAAGUGUUGAGCGAUAUGCACGACGACGACGAGAGGGCCUUGCUGGCGGCGAAAGCGCGGGAUGAAGUGAGGCGGCGAAGGGUGUGCCCCACCGACGGGAGGACAUUCCCGCCGGCGAUGGUCGAUGAAGAGGAAAGCGAUAAUGGUAGUGGUGUGCAUAACUCCGAUUCAAUUGUGAUAAAAAGUGAAGAAGAUGCAACGACGGCGGCGGCGUUGGAGCGGACUAGGACAGCGUCGCUAGAGGAAGAAUCAUCGUGCGUGGUGAAGCUUGAGCUUGAUCAGUCGGUGAUGGCCAUGUCGCCGAAGAGCGCUGGUGGUGGCGGCGGCGUGCUCGAGCCAGAAGACUUCGAGCAGCUGAUCGACAGUGUAAAUAGCAUUAAGGGCCCGCGGACGGUGAUAGUGAGGCGAAGUAAUAGUAUUAGUAGUUCCACCGAUCCGACCCCGACAGACACCGGUACCACCGGGGGUAGUGAGGUUCUAGUGGCGGUUAGUGAGGAAAAUGGCACGUUGACUGGUGACGAUGGUGGCGUUGGAGGCGGUAGUUCUCCUUCGCGGCUUCACGAUGCAACUCGCGAGGACAUCGACGCCGUGUAUAAGGAUCUGCUGAACGACAUCCAAUCGAACUGGCUACACUUUCGUCCGAAAACACCGUCACCGUGUCCGGAUGAUGUGCUUACGCUCGAGGAGGACGAGGUCGGGCGUCAAGGUGUGCAGCUGGACGAUCAGCUGGAGGCCUGCAUCGGGUUGACGGAUCGGAACCGGAUCACGCUGGAGUUGCAAGCGCUCGAGGAGGGGCUUCCGGAAACGAUCUUUGCCAACCGGUCCGGAUCACUGUUCCGGACGGUUCCGUAUGCGCUUGACAGUCUCCUCGAGCCUCAUCCCCUGUCCGUGACGAGUGAUGAGGGUGAGGCAGUGGAUGCAACCGGCACUGGUCUCAGGACGCACCCGACCGAAGUGAAGCUUGAAAUGUCUGGUUCGAGUGGGGAUCACAAUGUCACCACCGGCUCGGAUGCGUCUUCGUCAGACAUCAACCUAGGUCUGGGGCUGAACGAGUCGCACGAGGACAGUGAGAAGAUGUUGGACAACAUACUGCAGGAGUGUGCGGUGGACGAUCCCAAAUCGUUGCACCAAACGAGCAACUUCUGGAACGGGCUGCUCGACGACGUGGUCCCGACCGGUCUCGAGGCGGACGGCCAGAAAGGUGGUGCGGCUCGAGCACGGGAGGCGGAGGUGGCUGGCCGGUUGGGUGGCACAGCGAAGCUCGGCUACCAUUGCGAUCUGGUCGGUUACGGGCGUUCGACGGUGGCGGCCGAACGGCGACCGGGCAAGAGCAAGCGGCGGAAGGUGCUGAAGCGGUGCAGUUACCUCGUCGGUAGCAGCUACUUCACGGUGAAGAACCUGCCGAAGGAGGAAAUCUUUCAGCCACUGCUCGACGCAAACGGGGAACCAAUUUGCUUGGAUCCGGUGGAGACUGAUGCGCAGGUUGCGGCGACAGAGUUGCGUGACUGCUCGACGGUGCCCAUCGACGAUCUGCUUCCGCCGGGUUCGGUGGGGAUGCCGGAGCGAGACGUGAUGGAACCGGUCGAGAUAAAGAUGGAAGAGGACGUGUUGCAGGGAGCGUCGUCCCUAGAUUCACCGCUGCCGCCCAUUUCCUCGUCGCUCGUCGAUCGGAUCAAACUGGAGCCACCGGAUGAGGUGAUCAGUCGGGGAACCGCAGUGAGCGAGACCGGCGGGGCACUAGCAGCGGGUACGAUACAGUUUUUGCCCUCCUUCGGAGGAUCACCCACCGUUACGUUGCCCUCCACGGCCGCCACGAUCAAGCUGGAAGCUCCCUCGCCUGUACCGUCCUCGUCAUUUAACCACAUCAACGCGAUCGCCAGCCCGGCCACGAUCAUGGUCUCACAACCAUCUUCGACCGUCUUCUCCACGUCUGGCGUUCCAACGAUGGUGUCGGUCUCGUUGGCGCAAGGGGGUCCGGCAACCCUCCACCAAUUGGUACCGACGAGUACGACGUCGGCGAUCGGCACCACCAUGUUGGUCAUGCAAUCGCUGCCAACUGCUACUGUGGCUAGCAUUAGCUCCGCAAGCCACAGUACCAGCAAUAGCAUCAUACAAGGGUCCCCUACCGUUUCGAUCGGUUCCGCAUCCGGCCAAACCUCAUUUCUCAUCACGAACAGUGGCAACAGCGCUGGUUCGAUCUUGCUACAGUCAUCCGCGGGUGGUGCUGUUGUUUCAUCUACUCCUUCUCCUGCCUCUACCACGCUGGCGUCUUCCAGCGCCACCACGUUGCUCUCUUCCGGGACACCGAUCGUCGUCACGGUUCCCCCGCUGCCUGCCGUUGGCGCCAAUCAGCAGCAGCACACCGUCGUGACGCACGUGCUGCCAACGAGCUCGAACAGUGUUGUGCCGACGACGGCAGCGACACCGAUCGUCGUAUCGGCCACCGGCACUGGUGUCAGUGGCGUCGGUACCACCACGGUGCAGUCCGUCCUGCAGGCGGCCGCCCAAGGCGGGGUCAGCGGCAACAGCUACAUUCUGCAGCACAACUCCACACCGAUCGUGCUGUCGCACCAGCAGAUGCAGCAGCUGACCAGCGGUGGAGGUGGUAACAUCGUGACCGUCGGUGGCCAGCAGGUGGUCACGGCCAAGCAGCAUCACGGCGAAACGUACGUCCUGACGCAGUCGUCGCCGCUGAAGAAGCAAAUCAAUGGUCCCACUGAUGGUAGCAAAAAUGCCACCAGUGCAGCCGUUACCGCGCAAAACCUCGCCAACCAGAAGUUCCACGCCCUGCUGAGCCAAAAGCUGAGCCACAAGCCGACCGAUCUGAACAAGAAGCAGCUGGAAAUGAUCCGCAAAGCGCUCGUGGCCUCACCGAAGAUGAUCGUCAAAUCGGCGAACCAUCCACUGGCCCAGCAACAGCAGCACCAACUGCACGGUGGUGGACCCGCCGGAGGGUUAGUGGCCGGGCACCAUCAGCAAACGGCACCCGCCCAGCAGCAGCAGUACAACGUGAUCCACCAGAACUCUCUCAACUCGCCCAUAACGAUCGUAUCGGCCCAGAGUACCGGCCAACCCGGGACGCAGAACAAGAUCAUUCUCACUUCCUCGCCGCAGCUGCUCCAGCAAGCGACCACGGUGGGAGGGGCCACGGCGGGUCAGUUGCUGGCGGCGGCCGCUUCGUCUCACGGCAAGAUCCAGCUCACGACCGUACAGCAAAGCCCGCAGAAUGCCGGUGCCGGAGGUGGCGUUCCAGGUGGCGGUGGACCGACGCUAGUGACACUCGAUCAGUCGGGCCAGGGGACGGCAACGGUCGGGACGGUGCAGCAGCAGGUCAAACUGGACAAGAACCGUAUCCUGUACGCGACCAACAUCAAGAACAGCCGUGGCCAGUUUUUGGCCCAGCUGAAUCCGAAACUCGUGAACAUCAUUCAACCGAUGCAGCAGCAGAAGCUCAUCAACAGUGUCACCCUCCAGCAGCAACAGCAACAGCAGCUGCUGCACAACCAGAAUGCGGUCAACAGUUUGCACGGCACGACCACGACGACGACGAUUUUGAACAGCAAAGGACAAACGGUCCAGCGUAUUCCAACGGUCAGCAUCCGUACGCAGCAGCAACCGCUUCAGCAGCAGCAGCAGCAACAGCAGCAGCAACAACAAGCGUCACAACAGGCCACCCUCCUGGACACCGGUCCAACACACACGGUCGUGAUGAACAACGCGAACAACAUCAAGUUCAUUCAGGCGGCUGCGGCCGCCGCUGCUGCGGCAGCCGGAGGCAGUGGCAAUGCCGUGGUGAACGCAAACAGCAACAGUGGCGGCGCGCGGCUGGUCAGUGUGUCAUCGGCGGGAGCCUCGGUCACACCGACGGUGGUGUCGAUCUCUUCCACUGGCCCCGCAGGCGGCACUAGCAGCGGUCCGGAGCCUGGAACUGGUGGCAGCGGAAGCAACUGUACCCAGUCAACGCCAACGUCCGCCAACAGUGUCGUCGGGGUGACAAACAGCAUCCCUUCGACGGGUGGUGGAGGACCCCCUGCAACUACCACUGUCGCUCCUGUCGCCAUCACUGUGGCAGUUGCAGCCACGACCGCGACGAGCGCGACGACCGGCGGCGCUACGGGACCGGCGGGCACCGUCGUCAGCGGUGGCAUCGGGUGCAGCAAUGGUGGCGGCACCGGUGGCAAAUCCAAUCCUCCAGCCAGUAUAAAUAUUACCAAUAGGUGA